AUGGACAAGUACCAGAAGAUUGAAAAGCUCGGCGAGGGCACAUACGGCAUCGUGUACAAGGCCCAGAACCGAGAAACACACGAGGUUGUUGCGCUCAAGCGCAUCCGCCUGGACAACGAGGAGGAGGGCGUGCCGUGCACAGCCAUCCGCGAGAUCUCGCUUCUCAAGGAGCUCAAGCACCCCAACAUUGUUGGGCUCUUUGACGUGCUGCACACCGAGAAGAAGCUGACCCUGGUCUUUGAAUUCAUGGACUCGGACCUUAAAAAGUUUAUCGACGGCUACGGCGGGGAUCUCGACCCGCUGACCGUCAAGCACCUCAUGUACCAGCUGCUCUGCGGAAUUGCCUACUGUCACAGAAACAGAGUUCUACACCGCGACCUGAAGCCCCAGAACUGCUCAUCAACAAACCUCGGUGAUUUUGGGCUCGCGCGCGCAUUCGGCAUCCCCGUACGCUCGUACUCCCACGAGGUCGUUACCCUGUGGUACCGCGCACCCGACGUGCUGAUGGGGUCACGCCAGUACGAUACCUCCAUCGAUAUCUGGUCGAUUGGCUGCAUUUUUGCCGAAAUGUCCACUGGCCUCCCGUUCCUCGCUGGCACAUCCAUCGAGAUGCAGAUCCUGCAGAUCUUUAGGAUCUUGGGCACCCCAAUUGACCCGCUUGCGCCCAAAGCCCAGCCACCACCAUCCCUCGACACGCUGUGGCCCUCAUGCUCGCAACUGCCCGAGUGGAAGACAAACUUCCCCACCUUCCGCCCCAUCCCGCUCGAACCGCUGUUGCCCAAGCUCAGCGCCAGUGGGAUCGACUUGCUGAAGAGGCUCUUGACUUACGAGCCGCAGAAGCGGAUAUCGCCGAGGAGGCCCUCUUGCACCCUUAUUUCGAGGAGCUGCGCGUUCUAA